AUGUCAAAAACUAAGACAUUAAUCAGAAAUGAGAAAGGUGACCUAAUUACAAAAUCUUGCAGAAGUGAAGAUGACAAAUCUAUCCGAAAAAACUACCAAUAUAAAACUCAAUAUAAUUAUAAACAUGAUACAAGACGUUACGAUGAUUUUGGUCGUAUCAAUAAGAAUUAUAGAGAAGAAUUUAAAGCUAAAGAUAAAUCUAGAGAAAUAGAUAAUAAUAUUAAACAUAAAGAGAAAAUACAAAAACUUGAAAAUAAAAGUAUUAUACAUAAUAAUCAUCAAGAUACACAUAAUGAGCUUUCUGAAUCAGAAUUAAUCAAACAAAUUAUUGGCAUUAAAGAUUUUGAUACCUCAAAAAAUAAAGAUCAUGCAAAUUCCGACUUAUCAGGUGUUAAUGUUAAAUCAAAAAGGAAAUAUAGACAAUAUAUGAAUCGUCUAGGAGGAUUUAACAGAUCAUUGUCACCUGUUCAAUAA